GCCGGGCGCAGGGGUCGCGGCGGCCCGGGAGGCGGGGCCUCGGUCGGGGGCGGGACUUGGACUGACUCGUGUGUCUGGGGCGGAGCCUGACCGGUGGGCGGGGCUUCAUGGGGUGAGGUCAAGCCUAGCUCCGCCUUUGAGGAGUUACCCUCCGCUGUAAGGAAGCGGUGCGGUCGGAAGUACUGUGGAAGUUGUUUUUCUCUUUCAAGGGCUGAGCAGUCCUUCCGACUUCUGUGCUGGUCGGGAAAGUGGUGUGACCUCAUUGGUUACUCAUUGGGUCUCCCCAAACAGUUCAGAUUAAGCCCUUGAAGUGCAGGAAAGGAAACUGAGGCUCAGAGAUAGUAAGAGCCUCAAAUUCACAGAGGACCUCUACCUGCUGAGUCUGGGGCCCUCGGGCGACUGGCUAGGUAGAUCCAGACACCUGUUGCUGAACUCCGAGCUCAUUUUGGUCCACACUGCCUGUGGUGCAUGCUAAAUUAUUAUUUUUUGUAAUGUCUCAUCCUUGCCUUUUGAGUAGCAUAGUAAUGCUACAUGGUGUGCAUGUUGAAAGUAUUACUUUGUGAAGAGCAAACACUAAAUACACCAUGAUACUCCUUGGACCCUGAAUCGAGUGUUUUACAUGCCAGUGACCUCAAAUCUGGAGGCAGCCUGCCCUCUCUACCUCUGGCAGGCCCUGGCCGCAUCACACCCAGCACAGGAACCCAAGCCUGCACCCACCCAGCCCACCGGGAUGGUGGGAGGAGCCCAUGGCCCAGGGCCACUGGGGCAGGCCGGAAGAGCCCGGGACAGGAAGGGGUAACUACCCACCCCCACACGCACUUAGGAGGGGCCCCCCGGCCGGUUGCCGAAGCUGUGGCUGAGGAGGAAGUGAGAGGAGGAGGUGAGGUGCAGCAAGGAGGUAAGCUGGGCUGCAGGGGACAGGGGCCUGGCCUUUCUGCCACUUCUGAGCCCAUGCUCCACCCCCACCCCACAAGAGAAGAGGGGACAGAAGGGGCUUGGAGAGAUACCCUGAAAUCUGCUCCCUCUGACCACGCAGUCAGGUCCUGGGGCUGGGGCCUGGCUGGAUAGGAGCCCAGGCCCCAGGCUGGCUAGGAGCUGCCUCUCUCAUUGGCUUUCCCCACAUCUUGCAGCCUGUGGCAUCAGGGGUCUGCAGCACUAUGGCCCAGGCCCUGGGGGAGGACCUGGUGCAGCCUGGUGAGCUGCAGGAUGACUCCAGCUCUUUGGGGUCUGACUCAGAGCUGAGUGGGCCCGGCCCAUAUCGCCAGGCUGACCGCUAUGGCUUCAUUGGAGGCAGCUCAGCAGAGCCAGGGCCAGGUCACCCCCCUGCAGACCUUAUCCGCCAGCGGGAGAUGAAGUGGGUGGAGAUGACCUCACACUGGGAGAAAACCAUGUCUCGGCGGUACAAGAAGGUAAAGAUGCAGUGCCGGAAAGGCAUCCCCUCGGCCCUGCGGGCCCGGUGCUGGCCCCUGUUGUGCGGGGCCCAUGUGUGUCAGAAGAACAGCCGUGGCACUUAUCAGGAACUGGCUGAGGCCCCUGGGGACCCACAGUGGAUGGAGACCAUCGGCAGGGACCUGCACCGCCAGUUCCCUCUGCAUGAGAUGUUUGUGUCACCCCAGGGUCACGGCAGGGGCUUCUCCAGGUACUCAAGGCCUACACCCUGUAUCGGCCGGAACAGGGCUACUGCCAGGCCCAGGGCCCUGUGGCUGCCGUGCUGCUCAUGUAUCUGCCCCCAGAGCCCCAGCACUGAGUCCAGGCUCCUGGCUCCAGAGUCACCCCAGAUGGUGUCCAGACCCUCCCCUGCGCCCCUUUCCCCCGCCCUGCGGUCCCCUCCGUGGUGCCCUCUGCGGUGGGCACUCAAGGCCUGUGCCCGCCCCCAGGAGGCCUUCUGGUGCCUGGUACAGAUCUGCGAGGUUUACCUCCCUGGCUACUACGGGCCCCAUAUGGAGGCUGUACGGCUGGACGCCGAGGUGUUCACGGCCCUGCUGCGGCGGCUGCUCCCGCGUGUGCACAAGCACCUGCAGCAGGUGGGCGUCGGGCCCCUGCUCUACCUGCCCGAGUGGUUCCUGUGCCUCUUCGCCCGCUCCUUGCCCUUCCCCACGGUGCUGCGUGUCUGGGACGCUUUCCUUAGCGAGGGUGUGAAGGUGCUGUUCCGUGUGGGGCUGACACUGGUACGCCUGGCACUGGGCACCACUGAGCAGCGCCUGGCCUGCCCGGGGCUCCUGGAGACACUCGGCGCCCUUCGAGCCAUCCCGCCCACCCAGCUGCAGGAGGAGGUCUUCAUGCCCCAGGUGCACAGCGUGGCCCUGUCCGAACAGGACUUGCAGCGGGAGAUCAAGACCCAGCUGGCCCAGCUGCCCGCGUCGGCAUCUGGGCCACCCCCGAGGCCGCAGGCCCGCCUGCCUGGGGCCCAAGCCAUCUUUGAGGCCCAGCAGCUGGCAGGAACCCGGGGAGCCACCAGGCCCGAGGUGCCCCGCAUCGUGGUGCAGCCCCCGGAGGAGCCCAGGCCGCCACGGCGCAAGCCCCAGACCCGAGGCAAGACUUUCCAUGGGCUGCUGACUCGGUCCAGGGCCCCCCCUAUCGAGAGCCCCGCCAGGUCCCAUCGAGGCUCCACCUCCUCCCUGGACACCCGAUUCUGAAGGUCCCACUUCUGAGGGUACCAGAGACUCAGGGUCCCCCAACCCCAACUGCCUGAAUGGUGGAUGCCAGCCUCAAAGUAGGCACCGCACUUUACAGCCGGGAUGGAUGCCUCAGCUUUCCCGUGGACUGUGUCAGGCUCGAGGAUGAAGGAAGGUCAGAGAGUGAGGUUUUGGGGACCCAGGCCCAUCAUCCGCCCAUGGAGCUGUCCUGGUGCCUGGGCCCCUGCAAGCAUCAAGCUGGCGCUGAAGGAGGGUGAGGUUAGGGGCACGGGCUGGGCUUAG